AUGUAUGUAUUCAAACCAUUUGUCUUCACGGAGUGCUUGAACCCGAUAAGUGAAGCACGACCAUCACCCAGGACAUUUCCUACGAUAUUCAGUGACGAAAAAUACCUGUACUCUUUUAGUGGUUAUAAAUAUAUAGUCAACAGAGACACUAUCACCGACUACGACAACCCUAAAAUAAUAAAAGAAAUCUGGAAGUACAACUUGUCCACCGGUGUCUGGUCAUGCCUGCCAAAGCAGCAGUACCUCCCAACAAACAGCGAAAUAAUUCUCGGUAUGACAUUCAAGUCUGACAAAUUAAUCGUCGCCACUUGGAAUGAGAACCAGACGAAAGGUUACCUCUACACCCACCACCUCAAGGACGAGAAUAGAGUCGUCAAGAUAAAAGCCAAGGGACCUAUUCCUGAGCGGUCUAUUAUCCACAAUUUUGUAAAUCAUGGCUCUUAUUUGUACACCAUUGGUAAUAAUCACAAUUUAAGUGUCUACAGAGUCGACCCGGAGACCGCGAUCUGGGAAAAACUCACCCCUGAAAAUGGAAAUGACUUUCCAGGGUAUUACGAAGACAUUGAGCUGGCUUAUGAUGGAAAAAGAAUUUAUGUAUUAUUUAUUAAAUUGUACGAGGAGAGAAUCCGCGAAAUUAAGACAAUUCAAGCCUACGACGUUGAGCAGAAUCGCUGGUACAUUUUAAGCACCACCGGAGAUUCAAACAAUGAAAAGCCUUUUCCUGAUGUCAGGACUAAUUUUGGCAACUCCUCGUACAUUGAUCCGCUGACUAAGGAUGUGAGUGUGAUAAUUUCUGGAGGAAAUAUGAAUCACAUGAUUUACAGUGAUAUUUGGCAGCUGAAUUUGCGCACACUUCAAUGGACCUGCUUGAAUAAAUUCGGGUUUACUCUGCCUCAACCUGUUUGCGAGCACGAUGCUCUGAUUACAUAUAAGGGGAAGAUGUACAUCUUUGGUGGAAGAAUCAAGAAUACAAAUGACAGAUUGAUGGAAAUAAAUACUCUGUACUCCUCGUGGUUACGAAUACCUAGGCUCACAGAUAUUUGCUGGGAUGCUGUCAAUCACUAUUACAAAGAUCUGAAUACUAAAACAGAUGAGGAGUUGUUUAAUCUUGGCCUACCUGUUAAUAUUGUUAAGUCUAGAUGCCAGUGA